CACCCAAAGACUAAACCUGCUGCACCAAUUCGCGCGAUCUCUCACGGCAUGCACGGUUCCACACUACUACCUGCCAACAACUGACAGCGAGAUAUGUGCUUAGAAUUUACUGCACAUAUGUGCAUGCUAGCGCCAUCUUUCGACAAUUUGCGAUAAGUCGUUUCUCCGCGGCGAAAUAUCAUGCAUCCAAGUUUUUGGUGCGAAAACAAACCAAAUAACCUUCAAUACUAAACGGUAUCCCGGUUUUAAGUUUGUUUAAAUUAGUUUAAUUUCUUUUAGGUUGUGAUAACUUACAUUCUGUUAAAUUAUUCGAUAUGGAACGAACGAAAGAACAAAUUCAGGAAAUGUUAUCCCUUGCCAAGCUCUGCCCAGAUGAUUUACUCCCAACAACACAAACAAUCUACUUUGCAUCAAAUUUACACAAACAUAAUGAAUAUAAGUUUAUUCAACUCAAUCCAAAACUUGAGGCAACUUUAAAAGCAGGGGAUGUGUUGCAUAUAAAUGGUGAACAGGAUGACAAUGCUGUGCUCUGUACUGAAGAUACUACAUAUGAAUUAUUACAUUCAGAAACCUCCAACAGUCUGCUGCUUGUCAAAGAUUUAAAAUUAAGAGAUACUCUAGCAAAACCAAUUGAAAACUCUUUGCCAGAUAUUCAUAAAGUGCCAAUUGAAGGUAUCUUCUAUGAUUAUUUGGAAGCUGUUCAUAGAAAACCUCAAUUGUCAAAGUUAAAAAAUAUUUUAGAAGAAACAACAUACAAGGGACCAGAAUUGGAAUAUGAGGUUGUUAAAUCUAAACUGUAUACUUUUGAAGAUCUUUGGCUCAAGGAACAAGCCUCAAAAGCAGAACUAAAAGCUGCUUUGCAUGAAAUGCAAGUGAUUACAGUUGAUGGCAAACUGCGUUUGCUUGAUUUUGAGUACCACUUUAGAGUAUUGUCAUUCAUGUUAAAGAUAAUUGAUGAAAAUUCUUGGCCACUAGAUGAGGUUGACUUUGAGGUGACAGUGGAGACUUUGAAUGAUUUAGUUCCAUUGGAUGUGUUAACUUCUGUAUUUGAAUUAUACACUGUGGAAACUAAAGUCAGAGAUGGCACACAGUUGUAUAGAUAUAAAGAAUUUGAUGUUUGCCAGUUCUUUGCUCAGGUACUGUUGUACAGUGCUGGCAAGUUUAAUUUAAAAGACUUUUUGCAAGCAUGGCAAGAAUCUGUGCCUGAAGGUAUGAUUACUGAUGAAGAGAUGUUGUAUGGCAUUGCAAUUGUUGAUAGAAAAGCAAAUCCAAGUGUUGUUUGGAGUUUUCCUGAGAGUAAAUUGCCACAAAACAUUAAUGAGAGAUUUAAAGUAUUAUUUGAUACAAAGGAGAAGUGGCGUGUUAAUGAGAUUGCACCUUAUAUUAAGAAUUUAACGAAUGAUAAACAAGACGUCAAUGCAUUAUUAACGAAACAUGCUCGACCCUCGAAAAUUGAUGGAGUGAAGUAUUAUUCAUCGAAACAUGCUAAAUAAAUAUAUUAUCUUAGAGUGUAAAUAAAGCUAUUUUUCUAUUAUUCAA